AUGAAUCUUGAAUUGCUAGACGCAUUUCAUCAAAAUUACCCAGAGGCUAUUGAUGGACACCUGGAACGAAUAAAGAAGGAUGAAUCUGGAGGGUCUCCUUUUGUCGUUAAUAUUCAAUUCAACAGACUUGGUAGUCUUGUUGCAGUUGGAUGCAAUGAUGGUCGUAUUGAAUUCUGGGAUUUUGUCACUCGUCGCAUCGCAAAGUUCAUAAUGGCCCAUUCACACCCUAUUUGCUCGAUGAGUUGGAGCAGGAACAGUCGUCAACUUGUUAGCGCUUCUGCUGAUAAUACUGUCUCUAUUUGGGAUGUUGUAACAGGACAAUGUGAACAAAAUUUCACAUUUCCCUGCCCAGUCAUGAAGGUUCAAUUUAAUCCACGAAAUUCCAACGAUGUCCUUGUUUGUCCACUUCGGCAUGCUCCAGUUUUGAUUGAUGUCUCCACUGGCAAACCGACAAUUCUCAAACAAGAUUGUGACAACGAUCCAAGUGUGGUUGCUUCCUAUGAUCGCCGUGGGGCGUAUAUUUACACAGGAAAUUCGAAGGGCAAGGUGACUAUCUAUGAUACAAAAGACCUGAAAGUUGUUAAUUCUUUUCGUGCUAUCAGUACAUCUUCUAAUUCCUCCAUCAAGUCGAUUGAAUUUUCGCGACGUGGAGACUUCUUCCUUUUGAACUGCGCCGAUCGUUUUAUCCGUGUGUAUAAUUGUUCUGAUGCUCUAGAAUCCUCUGAACCUGAACCGCUUCAGAAACUCAGAGAUCUAGUCACAGGGAGCCACUGGCGUAAGUGUUGCUUCUCUGGUGAUGGAGAAUUCGUCUGUGCAGGUUCUAUGAAGCAGCACUCGAUUUAUAUUUGGGAGCGAGCUGGUGGCACUCUCCUCAAAAUUCUCCAUGGGCAAAAGGGUGAGACCCUGCUAGAUGUUAUUUGGCAUCCUCUUCGACCCAUAAUCGUAUCCGUCUCCAACUCCAUGAACAAGGAACAGAUCUCUAUUUGGGCUCAAACUCAGGUUCAAAACUGGUCAGCGUUCGCCCCAGAUUUCAAGGAGCUCGAUGAAAAUGUUGAAUACGAAGAACGCGAAUCCGAAUUCGACUUGGAGGAUGAAGACAGGGAAGAGGAUGAAAAAGAAGAUGAUGUUGAGCAAGAUGAAUUUGUUGAUGUAGAAACAGCAGAACCAGUUGCCGCGUUAUUAAGCAGUGACGAGGAGAUGGAACCUGAAGAUAUACUCAUGUUUCUCUCAAUUUCUCCCGAUAUCGACAAUCCUGAAGAACUAUCCGGUGGAGAGGAGCUGACUGAAGGCGCGAAGGCCUCUGAACCUCCAUUACCUAUGAAACGCGCCAAAACUGCAGAUAAAAUGGACCUUGUUUCAUCCGGUGCGACUUACAAUAUAGACCUACCUAACGCACCCACCGACGAGAUACAUCCGAUGUUGAGUAUGGGGAAGAAGCAUGGAGGCAAUAAGUCGACUGCGGGACAUAAUUAUUCCGGUGCUGGCAAAUCGGCAGACUCUUCAGACGUCAGUUCAUUCCGAAAGAGCAGAAAUCGAACUAGGAAGUAA